UUUAGAUAGUAAUUCGGUUCAUGGUGCGAACUCAUGUUUAGGUAGAUUUCAGAAGUGAAAAUAAUAUUGUUUUCUAACCAGCAUUUUUCCCACUCUUCUUACACGCGGCCUUUGAAAACACAUGUGCACCUCUCAAUUCACGCAUUUGCGAAACAAUCUACAUGUAUGGUGACCCCUUAUUGUUUGGUAGUACUUGCGACGUGUGGCGUGUGCAGGCCCGUAUAUUCCCGUACACACGACUAAUUACCAGGUGUCCGGGCGUGUCCGGAGGUAUCACAGACCUGCACACGCCGUGGCUGAUAUUUCCUGCACACACCCGGACACACCCGGACACGCCAAGUUCCACGGGACGUGUCCAGGUCCGGAAACGGCCAAAUAUUCCCAUUUUUGUGCAGUGGGAAUUGUGUAGAGAUUGCUUACGAAUUGAUCCUUCCAUUUUAGAAGGAGAAGUCAUCGGUGAGUAUUCGCAUAAGACACAACCUCAUUUUUUAAUUGCUACUCACUAGGAAAAACAAACCUUACGGAGAAAACCUUGUGAAGAUAUACGUGUGGAACGCGCAGGGCUCUAAUCAGCACCCGUUUUCCGUCAGUUGCAGAAACUUUGUGGCAUAUUACGGAAAUUCUGUUAGACCAAUACGUCAACCUUGAUGGACAAGAAUCUUGAGUAAAAAUAUGAAAACAACCAGAGGACCGACAACAACCACUCUCAACCCCAUGAUUUGCCACUCAAAAUGUGCAAAUUGAGAUGCAAAUAAUCCCAAAUCCCCCUAGAUUUGUGAGCACUCUCCCCCAGGUCCGAUCAUGAACCUGAGCUUAUGGCAAAAAAAUUCGAGCCGGCUGGAGCCCUAGGAACGUGUGGGAACAGUGUGGAUUGGCAUGUCUCUCAAGGUUACUCAAUGGCAUUUACACUUACUGUUCAAAUAUGUGGGGUGGCCACAGGUGUCAUAAAGUCUUAGAUAUUAAAAACAAAAUGAGCAUGUUAUCAAUAUAACGGUUACAGUAGGUAGAAUUUAAUGAAAAUGUUCUUUUUGUUUUACAGCCAGGCAUCAUUCUUACUUGCUUGUUAUAAUAGAGGUAACAUUGGGUUUUCCUGUUGCAGUUCUCUUAACCAAAACGUGACAGCGAGGUCGGAAACCAAAACACUAGUUGCUCGUCAUGUGGGUGAACGUUCAUGUUAGAAGUGGGUGUAUUGUCUGGGGGAAAGGUUUGCUCUAAGAAUGUUAAGCUUAAAAAGACAUCAUGCAGGUUUUGCUUGGGCAGAGUUGGACUCCAACAGUUGUCUGCUUCUUGCUGUUUACGUCCAACACCUCUGCUGACUCCUUCUUUGUUUUCUAUUAUGUAGAAAAGUAUGCCAAAUGGUGUCAGGUGAUACCAGACUUGUGCAAGAAUGGCAUCUGUAUCAACACUCAGGGGGGCUAUCGCUGUGAGUGUCCAAAGGGCUUCCAGUUAAGCUCAGACUCACGUACAUGUGAAGAUGACAGCCGCAUUGUCCUCGAAGACAGUGGUGUAACGGUAGCUAUUGACGGAAGGAGUGUUGAGCUUCACUGGAGUUACCGGCUCGGGUCCAACUUAGUAGUUUUUGAGGCCUGGUAUCACCAAAGGAAUGGUCUUGAGGAGAUGAUUGCCUUUCGUAAUCACCCUUCAAAUAUCUCUGUUUCUUCCAAAUAUGAGGGGCGAGUGAAAGCAUUUGGUGAUGCAGACCUGCUAUUGGAAGGAGUAAGUCCAGCAGAUGAUGGCACCUACCAAUUGAUGGCUGCCUUCAGGAAUGUUACAUCCCAGCGAAAGUACAGGACCCUUGUGGUGUACUACCCUCCGACGACCAUAGACGUCCCUCCAAACCUUAAUGCAACAGAAGGAGACCAGGUGACGAUUCAGGCACACGCCAACGGUGUGCCGCCUCCUACAUAUGUGUGGGAAAAAGUCAAUGGCUCCCUUCCCAGCAACUCUGUCAUAAGCGCGACUACUGGAGCACUCAAACUGCUAAAUGCUACACUACAGGACAGUGGUGAAUACAGGGUCACCGCCAGUAAUCAGUUAGGAAACGUAUCAGACGUCACAAUCCUCACAAUCCUAACAGUGGAAAUACGAAUGCCUUUAGUACCAGAACCCUACAUAAUCCUACAUAAUAGAGCCAUGUCCCUUUCACGGGAAGAGGACACGCCACCAGUGGAAGAGGGCACGCCACCAGUGGAAGAGGACACGCCAACAGUGGAAGAGGAGACGCCUACACCUCCAGUAAAAGAGGUCAUGAACGACACUGAAAAGGGGAAUUUAAACCCCAAUGUAGCUGAUUUAGGCGGAACACCCGGACUAACCACCUUACACGUGGUGCUGAUUGCCGUGGUGCCAUCUGUGAUGCUACUUGUACUGGGAGUAGUGGCGGGAAUUCUAGGAAACCGGUGGAGCAGAAAGAGGCAAAGCGACGACCAUGGAAUAGAAGAUUUUAAAGAGUUUGACUUUCAUCCCGAUAUUCUAGAAUUAAGAGACUUGCACAAACUACCACCCCCACUUCCUCCCCCUGUGCCGGCUCGGCCACAGUUCCUGGAGUACGAGGUAAACCCGACUGAUCUACGACUGAAUGAACAGAUCGGCAGAGGUGCCUUCGGUAUUGUCUUCAUUGCGACUUUAAAGAGAGCUGUUAAUGGGCUUCUCACGGAACAAACAGUGGUGGUCAAAACUGUUCAAGAGGAUGCAGGAGAAGAAGAAGUCAAAAACUUCAUACGAGAAGUCGACACCACAAUCAACCUCAGGCAGCACAUCAACCUGCUUGGUCUAGUGGGCUGUUGCACGCUGUCCCGACCCCCCUACCUGGUGACGGAGUACAUGCCGUAUGGAGACCUCAAGAAGUUCCUACUGAAUUGCAGAAAGCUGGAGGAGAGGCUCCAAGACAGCAUGUAUGACUUCGACGAGAUGAAGAUCUACCAGGUAGCACGGCAGAUAGCAAAUGGAAUGACCUACAUUUCCCAGGCCGGUUACGUGCAUGGUGAUCUGGCUGCUCGGAACGUGCUGGUAGGAGAGGACCUGGUGGUGAAGAUCGCAGACUUCGGCCUGGCAACAGACAUCUACGAGCGAGGCUACCGGCGACAGGACGCGGAGCAGAAGAUUCCCCUGAGGUGGAUGGCGCCGGAAAGGCUGCUGCGAGAGGGUCGGUACACAAGCAAGAGUGAUGUUUGGUCAUUCGGUGUGGUGCUGUACGAGAUCGCUACGCUCGGGAACGUGCCCUAUCCGGGUCGGGAACGCACGCUCCUGGAGGAACUAAGCACAGGGUACCGGGAACCACGCCCUCCUGGCCUCAAACAAGAACUGUACGACAUGAUGCUGCGGUGCUGGCAAUGGGAGGAAGAUGAUCGCCCGGAGUUUGAGCAUCUUUACGAUGAGCUGGACGCUGUGGUAGAAGUGAUGGCCAAGGAUUAUGUAAAACCCGGUUCCGGCUCCCCAGUGGGGGGUCAGAAUGAGGCAGCAGAAGCUGCUGAAACGUCGUACGACGUCCCAAAGUCGGCCCGGAUGGGGACGCAACUCAAAGUCACUGCAGACGUCUACAACAGCGAAGAUAAUGAUAAAGUCGACUCACUCGCGCUCGCCUCCUCAAAUGUAGAAUCCAGUUCCACACCCAUAGAGAGGGAUGUGGACACUCAUAAUGAUAUCCAUACAGCAGUUAACAAUUGCAGGGCUAUGCAGCAAGACGCCCUCUUGGAAAGCGAAGACCACGGCCAUUUACAAGUGGAAUCCUCCAUCCCACAUAGUGCAGUAAUUAUGGAUACCAAUGACAGUUUCACGGACUCCGAACUGCCUUUGUUAACGAAUGUACGUACGAAUGAUACCCAGACUCUCACGGAGGAGAACUCCCUUGACGCUGAAGAUGAAAUGCUGAUGUCUCCAACACCAGAGGAAAUUGUGCAUUAAGUCUGUUCUAUCUAUCAGAAGUUUGUUCUAUCUACAGGAUGUAUUACUGUUUUUGAAGGCAUUUUAUGAACAUAUAUAGCAAACAAAUCUUAUCGAAGUUUAAAUCUUGAAUAUAGUGCCAUUAUAGCUAUUGUAUUGCUUGCCGCAUUUUCAUGUUGUAAGCUAUUUCUUUUUUUAUUAUCAUUAAAGCGUAUGAAAAGAAAUACAAGACAUCGAUGGCGAUGCAAGUAAAUAAAACUUAUAUAAACGCCGCCAUUGAACAUAAAAAAAAUAAUUAACAAAGAUAUAACAAUACAUAUAAGUAAGAAAUAAAUAUAUGAAGUGCAAGCAAACAAUAUAAAGCAGACAUAAUAGGGUCAAAUUAAAUACAAGUAAAAGCUAGCUAAUAUAUAGAAAGCUAGCUCCAUCAAACAUUGUUAUGUAAUUUUAGUAGUUGUUUAAGUUAAAGUCUUUUUUACAUGUCCUCCUCUGUCUCAAGACAGAUUUGGCAUAGAGGUGACUGUAUUAAUUUCCAUGUUAAAAGGUUGUUUGGAAGAAUCAUAUGUUGGAACAUACAUAAGCAUAACAUUUAUUUCUGGAGAUAACCCACCAGUUUUGUCUCUCCAUGGGACUAUUUAAACUCUCGGAUCUUUUCUAGUUGUUUUGUCCACCUUUUUUUGCAGCAUUUUAAUCUGCGUAAUUUGAUGCUUUCUUCUUUUUCAGUAGUGUAAGGUUAGAUGCCAUAGAGCCAUGUAAGAAUAGAUUAGAGACGUCAGUGAACAGAAAUAGUCUACAUGUACGUGUAUCUAGGA